UAAUAUUGACUGAUUGUUGUGAAGCUCUUAUUUUUUUCAUCAUGGCUCCCAAAGGUGCGAAAAGUGUACCAGUUGCAGGUAAAAAACCUAUUCCGAAAGUCGAUAGGAAGAAAUCUAAGAAGAAGAGAUCAGAGACAUAUUCCAUUUAUAUAUACAAAGUCUUAAAGCAAGUUCAUCCUGAUACUGGAAUAUCAGGCAAGGCAAUGAGCAUCAUGAAUUCUUUUGUGAAUGAUAUUUUCGAGAGAAUUGCUUCAGAAGCUAGCAAGCUAUCUGCUUAUUCAAAGAGCAAGACGCUUACUUCUCGGGAGAUACAAACUGCAGUUCGUCUUUUGUUACCUGGAGAACUUGCAAAACACGCUGUAUCUGAAGGUACUAAAGCAGUGACCAAAUACACUUCAUCUUAACAACGAUAUACGUAAAAGGUGUCUGAUAGACACCCCUUUUAUGAAAGAAAACUUGUUAUUUUAUUUCAUAUUCUUAAUUACAUCAUAUAAAAACAAAGUAUGUAUGCAUCAAAUGAAAUGUAGACACGAUUU